CCCUACUCCCCUCUGUAGUUUCUUGCAGCUGCAUAUGCUGUUCUGCUGCUGCAGACUGCAGUUGGCAUCUCCCCUCACCUACCUACCUUUAGUUCCCUGUGCCUUGGAGAUUCUGUCUGGAAGCUUCUCUUCCUCGUCGUAGAGGCUCUAGCUAGUGUUUGUCCGGACAAGACUCUGCCGGAAUUUUGGUCCAGAAAUCUUGCUGAUCAGAGCAAGACUCUGGCGGAUUUUUUUUUACAACAAACCUUGUUGUUCAGUACAGCUGUCACUCUGCCGAAAUUUUUGGCAAGAAACCUUGCUGUUUAGAGCGUCACUCUGCCGAAAUUUCCAGCCGAGAAACCUUGCUAUAUAGGUCCGAAAUUUUCACCUGGAAUUCUUGAUUGGUCAGGGGGAGGCUCUGUCCAGAUUCCAGUUAGAACACCUUGCUUGUUUAAGGGAAAACCCUGCCCAAAUCUUUGCUUUGUUGCUUCUGUGACUUCGGUCCAUGCUUAUGCAACGAACCUUUUGAUGCUUCUCGUCGUAAGAGAGAUCACUCUGCUGCUGCUCUACUUCUAUCCCUCGUGUUUAUGAUAACAACCCCCGUCCUCGUCCAGUCCUUGUCCGUCGUCUUCCUCUACUGGUUCUACGUCUUCUCAUAAGUAGCCGGCUGCACGUGAUUUGUUCAGGACUUACGUGCUGAUCGAUUGCUGUUGAUUGAGAAUUGUUAGUUAAAUCAAGCGAGAAAGAAAGUGAUUAACCAGGCAAUUAAGUGGUGACAUAUCAAACGAACAUGGCAUCUCCCGUCGUAGUGUCGUCUACUGUGACCACGUCGCCGUCGACCGGGUCCGAGGGGGCCUGUGAGCCUCAGCUAGCGGCGGCGGUGACGGCAGAGAGGAAGCGGAAGCAGAAGGAGUCGAACCGGCUGUCCGCGCAGCGGUCCCGCGCGCGCAAGCAGCGGCAGCUGGACGAGUUGACGGCGCAGGUGGCCGCGCUGCGUGCCCAGAACAGCGCCAUGGCCUCGGCCGAGCACGACGCCGCGCGCCGGUGCGCCGCCGUGCAGGCUGAGAACGACCUGCUGCGCUCCCGGAUGCUCGAGCUCCACGCGUGGCUGCAGACCUUCAACGACCUCAUCCAGUGCAUGGACGAGGCCGCCGCCUACAACUACAGCUACAACUACAACUACUACUAGCAGUCUACUAGAUCGUGUCAUGAACAAGCCAUUGCCAUUUAAGCUGUAAUAGUAGCUCAAGUUGCUUUGUGUUUAUGCUGCCAUGAACCUAGCUAUGUGUUCGGGUUUGCUUCUGUCAAGUCAUUCACACUUGCAACUAUUUUUCUCUGUGAUGAUGAGAACAGAACUAAUUCCGCGAAAAAGAUGGAUGGAUGGCCACAAAUUGAUUGA